GCUUUUUGACAAGCAGGAAAAGUUAGGAGCGGAGAAAGAUAGACCGGUUGGUUUGUAACUUUCCUUGUUUGUUGUGUUUUUCGCUGUCUUUCGCCUCUCGUGUUUCAUUCUUCUUCCUGUAAUUACACCUGCGCUGCUCAUCUUCUCUCUCUUUCUGACUCCAAUUUAUUUUCACUUCUAAGCAAAAUCUCAAUUUUCUCUUUUAAAACUAGCAAGUCAGCGCCCAAUUCCGACAUCCAUUUUCCUUUCAUUUCAAGCAAUCGUUUACUGUGGUUUCAUCGAAUUCCAAUUCUAGGUUGCAUUAAUUAGGGAUUGAGUAAUUAGUAUUAUGGAUUGAUCACCCACUGUCGUUGUUUAAUUCAAUCUGGAAUGGCCAGCGGUGCCGGUGACGAGGACGACGCCGUUUUGAGCGAUGUGGAGGGUGAAGAUCCGGUGCCGAUCGUUAUUAGAAGUCCGAGUUUGGAUAACGUAACCGUUGAGAAAUAUCGCGACCUUCUCGCCGAGCUCGAUCGCGAAAGAGCUGCUCGUGAGGCGGCUGAGACGUCUAAGUCAGAACUGCAGGUUUCGUUUAAUCGGUUAAAGGCGCUCGCACAUGAGGCGAUCAAGAAGCGAGACGAGUGCGGGAGGCAGCGAGAUGAAGCUUUGCGCUUGAAGGAAGAGGCUUUGAAAGAGAAGGAAAGAAUAUCUGCGGAAUUGGUUGAAUUGAGCAAGUUUAAGGAAGAGUCUGUGAAGCAGAGAGAUGAGAUAGGGAAGCAAUUUGAGGAGGCGGUGAAAGCUAGGGAUGAAUUGCAAUCGGAGAUUGAGAAUUCGAGGCACAUGCUAGUUAGCGGAAUUGAGAAGAUAUCCGGAAAAGUGAGUAACUUCAAGAAUUUUGCUGCGUCAGGGUUGCCUAGAUCACAGAAAUACAAUGGAUUGCCGGCUGUUGCUUAUGGGGUUAUUAAGAGGACAAAUGAAAUCGUUGAAGAGCUCCUUAGGCAGAUUGAUGCCACCGCAAAAUCUAGAAAUGAAGCACGAGAACAGAUGGAGCAGAGGAACUACGAGAUUGCCAUUGAGGUUUCUCAGCUUGAAGCUACAAUUAGUCGAUUAAGAGAUGAAGUUGAGAAGAAGACUUCAUUGAUUGAGAAUUUAGAGAAAAGUGUUGCGGAAAAGGAAGGGAAGUUUUCUGAGAUUGAGAGAGAGAUGUUUGAGAAGACACAAUUGGUAGAAAAUGAAGCUUUGGAGCUGAGGGAGUUAAUUAGUGAAUACGAGGAUAAGUUGAGGAAUUUGGAUUCAAGGAUGGAACUGCAGAGGCCUUUAUUGAUUGAUCAGUUGAAUUUAGUAGCGACAAUUCAUGAUCGUCUUUAUGAUGCUAUCAAGAUAGUUGAUGCUAAUCAUCUGGAUUCAGAGUUGUCGGAGUCUUUGUUUCUUCCACGACACACGGACAUGGAAGAGAAUAUACGUGCUUCUUUAGCAGGGAUGGAAUCAAUUUAUCAGUUGGCUAGAAUUGUUGGGGAAAAAACAAGGGAUUUGUUGGAGGAGAAGAGUCGCGAAGUGAAGAGUUUAAAUGAAUCGUUAGAUCGAUUGGUUAAGGAGAAAGAACAGAUUGGUUCUUUACUUAGAAGUGCUUUGUCAAAAAGGUCGAGAUUGGACGAAACAAACGAAUUGUUCAAAGCUGCAGAGAACGGCUUAAAAGAGGUUGGCAUAGAUUUCAAAUUUAGCGAGAUUCUUGGGGAUCACAAGGUUCCAGCUUCUCAAGAUCGAGAUGGCUCUUUAGAUAUGGAAGGGGAUGAAAUAUACACUCUGGCUGGUGCAUUGGAGAAUAUAGUCAAGACAUCUCACCUUGAGAUCAUUGAGCUGCGGCAUUCAGUGGAGGAAUUGAGGGCAGAAGUGAGUUUACUUAAGGAGCAUAUAGAGGCUCAAGCAAAGGAGCUGGACCAUAGAAUGCGUAGAAUAGAGGAACUUGAAGAGAAGGAGAGAGUGGCAAAUGAAAGUGUUGAAGGGCUAAUGCUGGACGUAGCUGCUGCUGAGGAAGAAAUAACAAGAUGGAAAGUAGCAGCAGAGCAAGAGGCUGCUGCUGGCCGAGCUGUUGAGCAAGAAUUUGUCGCUCAGCUAUCGGCACUAAAACAGGAACUCGAAGAGACAAGGCUAGCCAUGUUAGAAUCAGAGAAAAAGCUAAAAUUCAAAGAAGAGACAGCAGCUGCUGCCAUGGCAGCUAGAGAGGCUGCUGAGAAAUCAUUGAUAUUGGCUGACAUGAGAGCAUCUAGGCUGAGGGAUAGAGUCGAGGAGCUUAGCCAUCAGCUUGAAGAGUUUGAAACUCGAGAAGACUCGAGGGGACGAAGUGGUCCUAGAUAUGUAUGUUGGCCAUGGCAGUGGCUUGGAAUUGACUUUAUGGGCAUCCGCAGACCUGAAACACAACAACAGAGUUCAAAUGAAAUGGAGCUUUCUGAACCCCUUUUAUGAUUAUACCUUCUCUUUUCUUCCUUUCUUUUUUUUGUGUAUUUAUUUUGAACUUAAUUCUUUACAUUCAAGAAAUGGUGGUUUGUUUCAUUGCACCCUUGUUCAGGGCGACCUCAUUUUGUGCUGUUGGUUCCACGAGGAUGAAAGCAGGAUUGCAGAAGUAAUGCUCUCUCGUAACUGAUGUCAAAAUAUUUCACACCAUGAUAUGUAGUUGGCGUCAAAAUAAUGCAGUUGUUCUUUUCUUUCUUUUGCA